GCCCCGCCCCGGGCAGUGGGGCCAUGCGGGGCCCGGCGCUGCCGCUCGCCCGCCGAGCCGGGGCCGGGCUGGGGCUGGGGCUGGGCCGGGCGGCCGGGCAGGACCCGGGGCAGCUGGAGAAGAAGGCGAAAGGGAAGCUCCAGAAGCAGAUCUGCCAGGUGGUUCUGGAUCACUUCGAGAAGCAGUACACGGCAGAGCUGGGAGAUGCAUGGAGCACUGUCAGAGACGUGCUGACCUCGCCGUGGUGCUGGCAGCACGCCGUGCUGCUGAACAGGUUCAGCCAGAGCCCUGGCCUGGAGAGCAGCCUGGCUGAGCAGGGAUACCGUCCUGCCUUCCCAGCAGCCCUGCCCUACCUCCCUGCAGCCUUCAGGUGUUACAGCAGGGCAGCUCCUGGCAGAUUCCCUGCCCAGAAGCACCAGCCUGGCAGGCUGAAGGAGUAUUACCUGCUCAACGCUGCCUCGCUGCUGCCCGUGCUGGCCUUGGAGGUGAAGGAUGGGGAGCGUGUUCUGGAUCUCUGUGCUGCACCAGGGGGCAAAUCUGUAGCUAUGCUGCAGUGUGCCUGCCCAGGUUAUUUUCACUGUAAUGAAUAUGAUGAUUUGAGGUCAAGAUGGUUGGAGCAGACAAUAGAAUCCUUCAUCCCAGAUCCUGUCAUUAACUUGAUAACAGUCUCUAAACUGGAUGGUAGACAGAUUGGAGAUCUUCAGCCUGAAUUUUAUGACAAGGUCCUGGUUGAUGCUCCUUGUUCAAAUGACAGAAGCUGGCUCUUCUCUGCUGACCCUCAGCAAGCUGUGCUCAGGCUCAUGCAAAGGAAGGAGCUGUCCUCCCUGCAAUUCCAGCUUCUAAGGUCUGCUGUCGAAGCCCUGCGUCCUGGUGGCUCCUUGGUCUAUUCCACGUGCACCCUCUCCAGGGCAGAAAACAGUGAUGUGAUCAAUCUCAUCCUGAGCUCCUGCAGCAAUGUGGUGCCUGUGGACAUAAGUGGGAUGGCCAGAGGUGUUUCCCAGGAAUUCACUUUCCUCAGUGGAAUGCAGCAGCAUGAACUGCUGGUUCUCCCAGAGAAAGGGAGAGCGUGGGGUCCCAUAGUGCUGUGGAGUUGGUUUUUUUCUUCUGUUCUGGCUGGUGACAGGAAUUUGGUGAGCACAUGUGGCGUGAGAAGGGAAAAGCAGAAAGGAUGGAGGCAGGCCCUGUAGAGGUGAGGGGCAAAAUUUGCACAUGUCGGCAAGUACUGUCCCCUCAAAGGCACUUCUUGAAAAGGCUUCUUGUCCAUUCAGGUAUCUCUUGGAUACUUCUGACUUCUGCUCCCCUUCAUUACAAGGCUGCAAUAUUUUUCCUUUUUUCACCUAUUUUUUUUUCUCAGGUAAUUGUAAUUUAAUUCCUUGCCAUGUCCUUCCUCCUCUUUCCUGAGCAAUGCUGAUGGAGAUGGGAUGGAAAACAAAUCAACCUUUCUAUCAUAGAAGAAAUUGCAGCCCCAGGCAAGUUGAGGGCAGGAAAAGGACCAAUUUUUGUUGCAUUGGGGAGUCCCAGAGAAAUCUUCAUGAUCUCUAAUGAAGAUUAGAGAUCCACAGUUGUAUGUGUAGCACACACCAGAGCAGCACCGUAGAGGCAACAGAGAGCUCUGGAGUUCAGCUGCUCCUUUUCUGCCAUUCCCUUUUCCAGCAUCCAAAAAGUCACUUCCCUGUGUCAGGAGGGUUGGCACAAUAAGAAACUGGAAAGCCUUAUCUAAAGGCAAUUUCAGUAUUUACCAAAUUUUAUCCUUUAUUCAGUGGCGUCUGACGCAGUUCAAUUAUGGCUUGUCAAAAGCAUUCUCCACUGUGGAGUGGAGUGGAAAAACAGAUUACACAGUGUGUGUGGGCUGGUGCAGUGACCAGGGGACUCAUGAGCUCUUGGCUGUCUCAGUAAGGUGUGGGAAGGGAAGGGUGAAGGAGGGGCAGAAUGAAAAGAUCAGGACUACAGCAGUGGGUGAAAAAUGUGAAAUACUGUGGCUUUUAGCAUGGAAGAGCAGCAGUGGCUGCAGCCUGUUCAGGAAAAGCUCUGUGAGUGGAGAGGGGAGAGAGCCACAGGUGCUGGGCUGGGAGGAUCCCCUCAUUUCAUUUGACUGCCUUAGAAUGAGAAUUGAGGACAUCACUUGUGAAAACUGCAGUGGGAUCGCUUUAAAUUUGCAGGAUCUGUAACCCACCUAUAAGCAUUUAAAUCAAGCAUGUCUACCUGCUUCUUGCCAGGCAAACAGCUGUAUUGGUAGAUGUUCCUGUCAGAAAAAUUAAUUUGGUGAGUGGGAGGAAAAUUUCAGAAUCAGGCCUUGCUGUAUUAGAAUUUGGUGUACUUCUAAGCUGAUGUAACUUUAUGCAGUAUUGGCUAUAAAUGAGAUUCUUUGCUCUGGGGGAAAUUGGAACAGCACCUGCUGGUAGUCUCUUAACUUCCAGGGAAAAGUGAAAUUUGGAGUUUUCUGUUUGCCAAACCUGGCUCAGAGCGCACAGGGCACACAGUCACUGGUCACAGCUUUUAGAUGUCACCCCACCACGUGAUUCCUGACUAAAGACUGGUGUUUAUCACUUGUCAGAAAAUGUUUUCCUUCUCUGAUCUUCCUGUCUGCAUCCUAUGACUUGAGGUCAAGGUCUCCUGACCUUGGAAGUUUUUAUUUUCUUGGUAGUUUUACAUAGUUUUCAGCAGGGUCAAGGAUCAUGCACCUUCCACAGCUCCAUCUCAAAAAUGUUUUGUGUGCCACCAAAACAAAAUGCCUGGAUCAAAAAGUCGCAGCUGCUCUUGGGAGGGAGAGAUGGAACUUAAACCUGGGCCCGUGUUUUGUACUCCACUGAGGAAUUUCUGCUCCCUACAGCUGUGUCCAAGGUGGUUCUUCCCAUCAGUGUUUUUUGCUGUUUAUCUCUGAGAUGGUCACCAUGGUGGUGUGGUGAUGUGAGCCUUCGUGGGCUCAGAGGAAAAAGAAAUGGAUCUGCUGCCCUAAACCCUAAACAGGUAAUAAUCCUAUAGUGACAGGUGCUGCAAAUGUUGCUGCAGAACUAUUUUUUAAAAGAUGAUAAAGGCAUUAGGUGGCAGCACAGCAAUCCAAAUUUAAAUGGAGCCAGCACUUCAGCUGGUCAGUGACAUUCUCACUUUGUUCUUUCCAAAAUGAUUCUUCCCUGACACGAGGCUUUCAUCUUUAAGGACCACAAGCAUUUGGCCUGACCUCACCUCUGACAAGGCAAGUCAAAUAAAGCAGUCAGAGCAGACAAGGGGCUUGUUUGCAUGCAGUGUCAGAGCAGAUCUUGCAGCAUCCACAGCAGAUUUGGGUUGAUGCUGCUGUGUCUCAGUCCCCUGUGCUGCUCUGGGGUAAUUCUUGUACAGCAGCAUCUGUGUUGGGGAUGGGCCUGACACAAUUCCUGCUGAUUCUUCCCCUGUCUCCAGUAAAUUCCUUUGUGCUGCUGAGAUCUUUAGAGUCACAUAUCUUCAGUGAGAAUCUGGGAAUGGCUUUCAAACCACCUUUUGAUGUCAUUUGGCCAAACUUCUGUUUCAGAAUAAGUGGUGUGGUAACAUUUAUUGUAACCUGCUCAAGGUCCCUUUAUCUGAGGGUACCUCAAAAUGUAGCACAUCUUUUAGAUCUACUUUUUCCUCCUUAAUGUACUGGGUCCUUAUUGAACAUCCUACCCUAAAAAAUAUAGGGGAGACUGAGUGCUCUCUACCCUAACCAAAUCAGAGUAAAGCCCAGAAGUGUGAUGAGGCAGUAGGGAGAAAGUGGGAGAGGAGCAAAUAAGAGUAGAAAAGAAAGGUGGCUUCCUUUUUUAAUGAUUUCAACCCUAUGGAGAACCAUCCUACUACUAACGAAUGAGCAGCUCCUUCUGCCUGCAUUUGCAUGUGGUGGGCCAUGAAAAGCAGGGAAAAAUGUCACUGAUAAAAUUCUUGAAAAGUCUUUUUUAAUUGUCCCAAAGUGGAAUAAAAUGCUAAGAGUAAAUUCAGAUAUAUAUAUAUAUAUAUAUAUUUCUUUUUAUUUUGCUUUAUUGGUUUACUCUAGGAAAAAAUCUAUCUGGUCUGAAUGUGUGAAUAAGUAGCUGAUGGAAUAAUUCUUUACAGGGAGGAGAACAUGCCAGAACAUUUGAGUGGUGUAAAACAGGGCUGCAGAGAGGAUCAGAAAAGGUACGAGGAGGAGUAAUUUUGUAUUGGUGGGAAGUAGACUUAAUAGUACUUUUUUAUCUGUAAUUUUUAUGAUUCUGUGGCUAACCAGGGAAAUGUUUAAUGUUCCUUGUACAGCAAGUGAAGGUAGAAGAAGGCAAAUUGACGUCCCCAGCACUGUUAUAAUUCAUUCCAUUACUUCAACAGGGCUUUUAUAUUGUCACGCCCAUAAAGCGCCAGUGUGCACGCUCAGAGCCAAUCCAUCUUUAUAUACUGCUGCUGAUCCCAUUGAAGGCACUGGCAAAACUCCCAUCAAUUUUAAUGGCACUGGGAUAUGGCCCAUUUUGUAGAUAUACAAUGGAUAUUUCCUGCACACACCAUUUUUUGUGUGUAACGUGCUCCUCAGCCGAGGUUCAGAGAGUGUUUUAUAAAGUGGUGAAGUCACGACCAUUGAUGUAGUCUGCAGCUGAUGAGAUAAUGUGGUCUGCCUCCAAAACAGGAUUGAAAGGUUGGCAUUUAUUUAUCUACCUGUUUUUUAAUUUGUUUGGGGCACAGGAUGCAUGCAGAAUGUCUCCAUGUGUAGAGUAUUGCCUUUGAAAAAUUUGCCCAGAUAAAUUGCAGGAGGUAACUGUUUUAGAAAUAGAGGCUGCACUUGCAAGGUUAACAUUCUGCUACAGCACUUAAAAACUAGAAAGCAUCAAAGAAAAUUGAAGGCAGUAUGGAUCAGUGGGUUAGUACAUAACACAGCAGUCUGCAGCAGCAGAGGCUAAGAAAGGUCCCUUUUGAAAAGCAGCUGUUUGGAUAGCGACUCACUCAAUCAGCAAGGUACAAACAAACAACAACAACAAUUAAUUGGAUGAGUACAUUAACUCAUGCUCUAAUUGGGAAAUGUUUUGAAUGGAGGCAAGGUGCCUGUUACCUGCAGAACCCAUCAUCCUUGACCCUCUUUAAAGAAGAUGCACAGUGCAUGAGCCGUAUUUCAGUGGCUGUGAGCCUUGUUGGCCAUGCACUGAAAGCUCUGGAUUCAGAGCAGCUUUCAGCGUGUGCACAGUGGAAAUGGGAUGAGCUGCCAGGCUGAUGCUCUCACUCAGCUUCCUCUCCUCUCCAUAAAGGAUGCUGGAGAGCAGCACACGCCCAGUUCAGUGCAGGAGCAGGGUUUGCAGAAGAAUCAAACAAGAAGUUUGCAGUGUAACUAAAACUUGUAGGAGGUACCUGUGAGUACAUAAUUCAGCAGGCCUGAAUUGCCUUUAGUAUUUUUUGCAGAAUACAAAAUGCUUUAGCUUCUGAACUCAGCUUUGUUUUAGUCUAAGACAUAAGCUGCUUUCUAAAGUUAUUGAUGCUUGACCCAUGAAAUAGAAAAUUACAUGUAAAAUGGAUUUUGAGCCCAGAUUUCCCAUGCUGGAACCAAAAUACUGUAGAGUGCAACAGCUAUCUAGCAGAUCUAGUAAAAAGAAAAGUAAGGUAAUUAUAGUAAUGGCUGGAACACCGGUUUUUCAGUUAUUUCCAGGUGUUUUCAAGUGGCAGAAAACGUUGAAAAAAGAGUCUUAAGAGUGUUGGGAACAGAACUCUGAACUUGUGGGUUUGUCCCUUUUCAGUGGUCAGAUUUGCAUAAAUUUGUAGCUGUGGAGCUCCUAACAAUAUGCAAGCAGCACGUUCUUAACCAUUAAAACUUGGGUAUGUUUUGUUUUGUCUGUUUGAUUGAACAUGUUUGAUUAUUGGUUCUUCUUCAUAGACUUUGAAUAAGAGGAAUAUCUGGAAAGAAACAAACCCAUGCUAUGGAGAAGUAUCUUAAAAUUCUUAAAUCUAAAGUUUCUUCUUUUUCUUUCUUUUCUUGAGGAAAAGAAAGCAGGAAAUGUGCUGUUUCUGAAAUAGCCUGUAAAAAGGAUCAUAUAAAAACUUCCCAGGAAAACAUAUCCUCUGUUGAAUUAAAAGGAAAAUGGGAUUUCCCUUUCCAUAUUCCCUUUAGUCUGUCUGCAGGGUUAACGGUGCCUAAGUGACCCUGAAAAAGUUUUUUUCCUUUUCACUUCCUUGGGCCUUCAAAAUAAUUUCAUCACUUCGAAAAUGUUAAAUUUAAUGUUCCAAACGGACAAAGUUUCAGUUCUGUAAGACAGGUCCUCAGGUACACAACUGCUGGUGGAGGAAAGUCCUGUUGAUCUGCUGUGGGAGAUUUUAAUCAAAAUUUUGUGUAGACUUGUGUGGGAAAAGCAAAGGUAAAGUUUUGUUGGAAUACCUGCAACUGGUAUACACUAUUUAAUGGAUUAUUCCUGUAAUGAACGAAGCAGGAUCAGGCCUGAAAAGGCGUGGAUUUCAUGAAAACAUGAAAUUUUGCAGUCCUUCCUACCCAUCCUAUCCCAGCUAAUAUUUUCUGGCUUUCUUCUCAGAAUGGAAGAGACUUUUAUGGUCUCUGCCUGGUGAAAACUGCUGUUCAAAAUUUAUGCAGGGCUUGCAAACAAGUAAAAGUUUUCUGUCUAAUCCUAUUUGAAUUCCUGCAGCUGUAAACUUUUAGUGUCUGGAACGGUAAUAAGUUCAAUAUAUAUAUAUAAAUAUAUAUAUAGAGAGAGAUGUAUAUUGGUAUGUAUAUUCAUGGGAGACUGUAUUGUAAUGUAAUGACACAAAUGUAAUUUUCAUUUCAAUUUUGGAGAAUAAAGCAAAGCCAUCUUCUGUGGGUCAUAGUUCUCCCACACUGCCUGCCUCAGAGAAUGGGACUUGAAUUUUUCCAAUGAAAUUAGAAUGUCAUGGCCUUGACCUGAAUAGAAACAAAUGUUAAAAAAAUAUUUACACAGAAGAUGCAAGUGUAAUCCAUGGGAUUUCUCUGGCUGUUAAUUUGUGAGCAUUGUUAAUUCAGUAGCAA